UCACGACAAGCAUGACAAGUCUGUGUUUGAAAUAGGAUUUCCACUGAGAUAUCAUAUUUCACAGUUACAAUCUCUGGCUAUUGUAUUAUCAGGAAACUUGAUCGCAGUAGGACAUCCGUGUUUGGUGUCGUGUUGUCUCACCUGCGCUCUCAGUCCGUGUUUUGCAAAUAUGGUUGGUGGUGGCAUCCGACAACUAUGGCGAGACUUUCCGGUUAAACAGGUGUCAGUGUUAGGAGUGCUCCUGACGGCAGAUUCCUUCACCAUUAGCGUGACAGCGCCGUUUCUUCCGUUCCUCACCCACGACUUCUUCCCCUACCUGAAGAGUAACCAGCUAGGAUAUUAUGCAGGGUUCCUGAUGAGUGCAUUCUUUGCUGGCACAUUUGUCGGAUGUUUCAUGUGGGGAAAACUGUCGGACAUCGUCGGCCGAAGACCCAUACUGCUGUGUGGAGUGACUGGACUGAUGCUGUCUAUUUUCCUGUUGGGGUUCAGUUUCUCGUUCGCGUGGGCCAUCAGUGUGCAGUUUGUCGGAGGGUUUCUGAACGGGAAUCUGGGCGUGGCCAAGACGUACUUAUACGAGAUUUGUUCUGCACGGUUUCAUUCAAUUGCCUUUUCGGUCGUCUGGAUUCCCGCAGCUAUCGCGCGCUUUGUGGGCCCCGUGCUUGGUGGAUUUUUGGCCUGCCCGGCGACAAGAUUCCAGACUUUUGCCCAGCCGUUCUUUCAGCAGUUCCCGUACAUGCUUCCAUGUAGCGUGGUGGCAGCCUUGCUUUUGUGUAUACUAAUAGUUAGCUGCAUUUUUCUUGGUGAAUCUCUACACAAGAAGCCAGAGGACGACUACAUCACACUGAGACCAAUCUCCAGCCAAGACGAAACGGAACACGACAGUGAAAAGCAACAUCUUACAGGUCGACAAAUAUCCACGUGCAGUCUGCUGAAGGACAAGCUUGUGCUGAUCCCCUGUGUGCUGUACGCUCUCUUCGCGCUGGCAGACAUCUGUGGCACCCAACAGCUGUUACCUCUUCUCCUGGUGUCCAACUCCCAACAUGGCGGCUACAACUUCGACGCCUCAGAGAUUUCCCUGGUUAUGACGAUCACUGCUAUUUACAGUGUUGUUACGCAGGCGACACUCCUUCCUUUGAUGGCGUCCAAAAUCAGUUACAAGACCAUGUACCUGUCCGGAGUGGUCAUGUGGGCAGUUGGGGUCGGCUUGCUCCCUUCCCUGGUCAACAUCACAGGGCCAGUUAAAGGUCCACACCUCUCCACGGUAUUAAACCAAACAGCAGCGACCUCUAGCGAUUUACUCCUGAACUUCACGUCGGUGCCGAUAACUAACAGUUAUCCACAUACCACGUUACCUUCCAUAACGGAUAUGAACGGGACAGCCGUGCUUACCGGGCAGUGUCGGCUAGCCGGGGACCGGAGGGAGACCGCCCAACUGCCGGCCUCAGAAAUUCCCGCCAGAGUUUGGGCCCCGCUGCUGCUCCUUGCCAUGCUGAUGGAACAGGCAGGCUGUCAAGCGUACAUGGCCGCCAUUGUGAUGGUUGGAAACGCAGCUUUUCUAUCGUCCCGUGGAACAGUCAACGGCAUCGCCCAGACCCUGGCGGCCCUGUCCAGGCUCAUCGGGCCGGCUGUGAGCGCUAACAUGUUCGCAUGGACCACCGAUAACGGGUUGCCCUGGCCACUAGACCACCACUUGUCUUUCUACAUCUUGCUUGUGUUCUGUCUCCUUAUGGUGUUUCUCUGCACCAGACUACCGGCUUCAAGCAACGUGCCCCGGUCUUUAACCGAAAACGGCGUCCAGACACGGUCAGAGGAAAACAGCGAGAGGUCUGGCCACGUGGCAGAAGACGAAGAAAAACAAAGUAUACUCAUUAAAAAAGACGAUGACGAGAUUUGGAGCGACGACAGAGAUGAUAAUGAUUAUUUUGAAACAGAGCACUUGCUAACCUCAAAUAUAGCAUAGAUUGUUUAUCUAUUUAUAUUUGUUCGUUUGUUUGCGAAUGAUCCGAUUGUAAAUUCAUUAAGGUGUAAUGUAACAGAUAUUGAAUAACGAGACUAUAUUUACACAACCACUACUUUAUUUAGACCGACUUUUCGGUGACCGUCAGCCACAUGCAACAUCAUCACUCUCAACAAUCACUGUGUAUGUAUGUAAAUACUUUGCGUUGUGGCUGCAUUUGUAAGCAGCGACACCUAGUGCUGCAGAACAAUGUGAACCAGCCAGAAUUGCCCUGAAGAAGGUGACAGACGGUCACCUAAACGUCGAUGGAAAUAAAGCAUUGGUUGUGCAAAAAAAGAGCCACUUUAUUCAUUGGCGUACCAAGAAGGUUAUAUACUAUUACUAAAUAUAACCUCCUUAGUCGUAACAACCCUAGCCUCCGUAGCAGGCUCUCUGGAGGCCUUGUUUUGGCUAAUAAUACUCGGAGGGGCCAAUCAAUUAGCGACGGCCGGCAAUCGAAAAGAAAUGGCCAGCAAAGUGUAUUAUGAGCCGAAAAAAGGCCCCAGAUAGCCAGCCAUGAUGGCUAUAACAACCCGAUGAUUGUAUUCACGGAUGCAAUAAAUAUUUCAUGUUAUCUAUAGA